UCUGCGUGCGCGCCGUGGUUGGCUGCGGCUCUGCUGGCCAUUACGUUAUUGCCUACUCCACGCACACACACACAGGCAGGACGGCUGGAGAGAGGGAAGACGUAAUGGUUUGAUUCCCUGUGCAUUUGCGAUGGUCGUCGUCCUGACUUUACUCGGCAGAUUCCUCGAACGGGAGGUGCAAUGAAGGCAGGGGCCUCGUCCAUGUGGGCAUCAUGUUGUGGUCUGCUGAACGAGGUGAUGGGCACGGGCACAGUGCGGGCGCAGCAACCGGGGUUCGGAGCAGGGGCCGGGCCCUUCCGCUUCGCCCCCAGCGCCGGGUACUCCACCUACCCCCCCACCAGCUCAGGGGGUGCCGGACAGCUGUGCAAAGCCUGUGGACUGGCGUUCUCUGUCUUCAGACGCAAGCACAUCUGCUGUGACUGUAAGAAGAGUUUCUGCGCCCUAUGCUCGGUGCUGCAGGAGAACCUGCGCUGCUGCACCACCUGCCACCUUCUGCGUGGCACCGCCUUCCAGAGGCCUCGGCUCAUGCAGCUGAGAGUUAAAGACCUGCGCCAGUACUUGCUGCUGCGCAACAUCCCCACGGACACAUGCAGGGAGAAGGAGGACUUGGUGGACCUGGUGCUGUGUCAUCAAGGAACGAGGGAAACCCCGCGACCAUUGGUGGAGGAGGAGGACGAGGAGGAAGAAGAAGACGAAGAAGAGGACGAAGAGGAGGAGGGGGAGGAGGAGGAGGACACCACACAUGAAGAGGAGGAGGAGGAGGAGGAGGAGGAGGGGGAGGAUGAAGGGGGGGAUGACGACACGGACAGUCUGCACUCACUCCCAAACUCGCAGGCUGCUUCGCCUCCCUCCGCCACACGCUCCGCCUCUGAACAGUCCGUGCUCUCCGCCUCUCAGGUGAGGUCUGUGUGUGUGUGUGUGUCAGAUAGAACAGGCACAAGCAAACAGGAGCAUGAGGACACUCCCACUGCGUCCCUCUUGAACCUGGAGCCCACAGAAAAUAUGAUGGAGGUCAGUCCGGCAACACAGAGGAGGAUCAGGGCUUCGCUGUCUGAUCUGGACAAUGAGGAGGCGAUAGAAAACCUCUCUGUCCGCCAGCUCAAAGAGAUCCUCGCCAGGAACUUUGUCAACUACUCCGGCUGCUGCGAGAAAUGGGAGCUGCUGGAGCGAGUGCAUCGACUGUACAGAGAAAACCAGCAAAACAGAAAGUCCAUGGAAAAUGUCAGCAUAACAGCAGAUGGGGUCAAAACUCAGCUGGCAGCAGAUGAAAACUUGUGUCGCAUCUGCAUGGAUGCCAUCAUCGACUGCGUGCUGCUGGAAUGUGGUCACAUGGUCACCUGCACCAAGUGUGGAAAGAGGAUGAGCGAGUGCCCCAUCUGCAGGCAGUACGUGGUGCGGGCCGUGCACGUCUUCAAGUCUUAAAACUUUGCGUGUGUAUCUGUGUGUGUGCGGCGGGGGAGGAGUUUCUCACUGAGGAUGAACUGCUGUGCAUGACGUCUGGCAGGGUCUAAUGCUGCAGCGGGUGCGCGCAACUUCCCCGGUCUCUGAAACCAGACUGUUGCCUCGUGCCCUCCACGGUUUCCUUCUCCUUUACUAACUCAUGUUCCCGCCCCACUUCUCCUCCUGCUGGACCGUCAUCAGCUGCACCAGGACCCUCUUUCUCAGCGGUGUGAUAACAUAACACAGCAGAAACGCCCUGCCAUCACUCCCUGCUCUCUGUUCUCUGUUUAGUUUCACUCACAGGAGAGGAGAGGAGAGGAGAGGAGGCGGUCCCGUGGACACUGUUUGGGUUUUUCUGUGUGGUGGAGGGAGGCGGGGUGAAAAAAAUAUAAGAUCCCAGGGUUAGAGUCAAUAUGGUUUACACAGUCAUGCCACAUGACACUGUGUAAUCUCCCUCAGUGUUCUUAAAGAUGUGCAAUAUCAGAAAAAAAGAGACUUACAUGUGUUUAUAAAAAGAAUCUUCUUUUUUCUUUUUUUUCAAUUGAAAUGCACCGAGUCAUCUGGUCUCACACACAGGAGGGUGUAAGGUGCCAAACGUCAUGCCUUUGAUCCAUAUUUGGUUUCACAACUUAUGCAUCCGUUUACCAGCAGGCUUGGUGUGGUAGUUUACUCUUUAGUUGUAUUUUAGGGAAGUGAAGUGUGUACAAAUAAAUAUUUGAGCAUAUUUGGGAAGGAUGUGAUUGUUUUUGGCAUUUCCUUCAAAAUAACGAGUGAGGAUGUGAUUUCUGCAGAAGAAAUGAGCAGUGGCAAUACAUUCCUUUGACAUCUAAAGAUGGGAGAGUUCAUUAAUACACACCUUUACAGCAGCAGUUGGACAAAACAAAAUCCAAACUCAAGGCUCUCCUGUACUUUUAACUCAUUAACUGUGUAUAAAGAUGGACGACAUGUCUCCACCUGCUCCUGUUGCACACAAGUGAAACCAAUUUCCCCUCUGGCUAUGGGGGCUCACAAUUAAGGCAUUUACAGCAAGAGUCUGCAUAGUUCGACCCAUGUCCCCUCUGUUAACCUGGAGGAGGCGGGGUUUAUGCCCUUUACUGCAUGUUGUCCACUUUUAUAUACAGUCCAGGUUUUCAAACACAUGACUUCGGCUUCUCCGGCAGAGGGCGGUUGCCCGCUUUUUAAAUAGAAGGGUCAGCUAACAAUAGUUGUAUAUGAAUAUGAAUAUGAAUGAUUGCUGAACCAUCCUUUUUCAGAGGAAGACCAUGACGUGCAUCAGAUAAAAACUCAUAAGUUGACCUUUUUUUUUUACAGACAGAUUCCUCUUUUAUUUUCUACAACAGCCACAAUGCAAUAGCAUUUUGUUUUAACUUGUACUGAGUGUCUUUCUGUGUUUGUGUGAUUGUUAAUGUGUGGAUGGUUAGGUAGGUAACGGGUGCUACUUCCUCUUUUGAGUGUAACAUCAACAUAUCUUUUUGUAAAGUGGUCCAUCCUGCAGAGAGGUCGAGGACGCCUGGUUUACUUUAACCUGUUAUGCAAACUAAACACUUUACGUUUUCUUGUCUUGACAUCCAGUUAAGUCAGACGCCACUCAAAUAUCUGUGUGUACAGUAUGCCUGUGAUACGUUCAGUGAAUCGCAUAGAUUACUUAUAUUGUUGUUUACUGAUCAGUCAUUAAAUGUAUAUUUUUCCAUUUACUUGGGAGACAACAUGAUUUGAAAUUUAAAUUAUUAUUAUGAUGGAGGUUUUAAAAAAUGAAGAAUAAGACAUUUUUAAGAAUGUAUUUCUGCUGGUUUGGGUCACAUGACUCCCUCAGCCCGCUGAUCGUGUCACUCUCUCACCAUGAAACCUGUGGCAGUCAUGGUUUUGGUUUCAAGCGCUCUUUUUUUGUUUUGUCGUCGUCUGCUUCGGAUCCAAACAUGACCCAAACACCAUGCACUGUAAUAAACACUGUAACUCUGUAAGUCUGUGUGUUGAUGCUGCUGUUUUUAAAAAGAUGUCAUUCACAGGCAGCUACAGUAGAAUCAGUCGGAGGUCAUCCUGAGCACUCAUAAUCCUGGAUCUUUAUAUUUUGGAAUGUUUGAACCUUUUUAUUUUGGUAAAGAAGAGAAAAUGAUUUAUUAGAUUCAAUAAAAAGCAGUAUUACAAACC